CUUCCGAGCCAAAAUGGCGGCGCCCGUAACGACCUGACAGCACUUCUCGCGCAUCCGAUUGCUUUUUGUAGUUAGGGCCACCUCGUGAGGAGACAAAAAAUAAUUCGGAACAUUCGGUGCUUCGUUUACUUAAUUCUAGUCGCAUAAUUCAUGGUAAAUAUCCAUGCGCUUAAACACAACUAAGAAUCUUGGAUAAAUUUCGCACGCUCAGUGUGUGAACCUGGACCUGCUGCCACACAGGCUGAGGUACUUAAAAACACACAACCAGUAAUUAUGGCUUUGUAUCGACUGACUGGAAGGCUUUGCCGUGCAGUGUCUCAGACACGCUCACUUGGCACAGCUGCUGUUGAAGCAGAGCCACCAGCAAGUGGCACGCGUGCAAUCUUCAGAACAGUGCAACAGGAUCCUGCUCAUCACUCAGAACAAGACUUAGGUCAGUAUUAUACCCUGCCUCCCGACCACGUAUGUUCUGUCUUCCCCCAUGGCCUGCCUCGUCACUUCCAGCUACAGAUGAAAACAUUCAAUGAGACCUGUGUGAUGGUGCGAGAGCCAGCACUGGAACUCAUCUCACACCUGAAAAAAGCAGACUACAGCAAACCAGCAUUGCGCUACUUGCUUUAUGGGGUGACUGGCACUGGAAAAACUAUGACCCUGUGUCAUGCGUUACAUUACUGCUCUACACAAGGCUGGGUAGUAGUCCACAUUCCGGAUGCUCACCUGUGGGUUAAGAACUGUAAGGAACUAAUCCCGUCCUCGUACAAUUCCUCACGUCUUGACCAACCAAUCUUGGCCUCGCAGUGGCUGAAGAACUUUGGGAUAACCAACAAGCACUUCCUUUCCAAGAUAAAGACAACAAAGACUUAUAUGUGGACAAAGCGAGAGAGUACUGAGGAGGGGCAACCGCUAGGGGAACUACUAGAAAAGGGCUUGACCCGAAUAAAGAGUAGUAGUGAUGUGAUGGGUGCGCUCCUGCGAGAGCUGCGCUUGCAGUGUAGCAAGCCACAAGAUGAAGGAUCUGGGGCCUUCCGGUUGGUGGUGGCUGUAGAUGGUGUGAAUGCACUGUGGGGAAGGACAACGCUUCGGAGGGAGAACAAGAACAAGGUGGAACCGGAGGAACUGACUGUGGUUCAAAACCUGAGGAAGAUGCUAAAAAAUGACUGGUGUGGGGGAGCCAUCAUUACUAGUUUGUCACAGUCGGGUUCUCUCUUUACCCCCCGUCUGGCCUAUCUGCCCCAUGAGUUGCUGGGAAAGGAGGGCUUUGAUAGUCUGGAUCCCUUCAUUCCAGUGCCAGUGCCAGGGUACAGUGAGAAGGAGUUUGAGAGCUGCUACCAGUACUACAUUGACCGCAAGUGGCUACAGCAUUCACAGAGCCAUACCGAGGAGGGGAAGAAAGAACUCAUCUUUCUCAGCAACAGAAACCCUGCUGUCUUUGAGAAACUAUGUGCUGCAUUGUAAAUGGACAACUCUUUCGACCACAAACAACAAGCUGUACUAUUUAAUCCACACACAUGCAUAACCUGCACAAGAUCGUUUGCUG